CUUCGAUGUCGUUGGCAGUAAGAAUUACAAUUUGAUGUAUAGCAUCCGAACACCGAAUGCAAUGCUGCCGGAAAUGUCUAGGGGUAAGAAAGCCGCGUCAGGACAGAAUGAUGGCGUUGGUGGAUAA